GCACGAUUUGUUGUUCAUAAGUUCAUUAAAGCUAAAUCUUUAACAGAAGACGUGAAAACUGAAAAAGUAGAAGUAAUAUUGAAAAAUUGGUCUGAGAAAUUAAAAGAAAUAAAUAACAAAUUAGAUGGUAAAAAGUAAUUUUUGAGAUGGUUAUAAAGAAGUCAAGAAUUAAAGAUCAUUCAAUUGUAUUUUUGGGCUCACAUCCUUCAAAGAAAAAAGGUGGAAUUAAAGAAAUAAUAUCUCAUUUUAUAAUAUCUCCUGGUGAUUUGCUUAAGAGAAUAUUACAUUCAUUUUUACCUCCUUUUCGUUCUUAUUAUGUUCAUAUUGAUUUCAUGGGACCUGUUUUGGCAUUUGUUAUUUUGGCUACUACACUUAGUUAUGGGCAUGCUUACAAAAUUACAUCUGCUGUAUAUCAUCGAUCACCUUCAGAAAUUUUAUUUUUUUAUUGCUCUUUGAUGCCAGUUCUUUGUUAUAUUUUAACUCGACUAGGACAAUCAAAAAUUUCUUUUGUACAAUUGAUAUCAUUACUAGGAUAUGGUUUGUAUGGAUAUGUUUUCACACUAAUUAUUAGUUUUAUAUCAGAUGAGACGAACAAUAUUUUAUUUUUUAUGGCUAUGAUAAUAUUUACUGGAUCUAGUGUUUUAAGAGUAUGUUUAAUAGUACUUGUAACUAUCAAAAUACCAGUGGUUAGACUUCUAGUAUGUAGUAUUAUUGCAAUUGUACAAGUUUUAUUUGUUGUGUUUUUGUACUUUACAUUUGUUCAUUCUAGUUUUAAAUUUGUAAAAAUUAAAAAAUAAAAUUGUAUUAAUUAGUUUUUGUGAA